CCACUCUCUUGUGCAUUGAGCCAUUUAUUAUUGUUUGAUGGGUCCGGAUACCCACCCAUCAUAAGUCCCCGAGUUUCUUGGCGACACGUCGCUAAGGAACUACUGUUGUGCCACCCUUGGUCCGAGUGCUGGGUCGGAAACAAAUACAUUUCCCACUUCCAUUCUUGAGUUGUGACACUUGAAUACCCGCUCCAACUCGCUAACCCAGUCAGGCAUUUGAAAUAUUCCGGAUUUGUCCCCAAUUUCUUUUGCAAAUCCCCCACUCUUCCACUUUGGUUUUCCGCAAUAUGGCCCAACCCAUCAAAAUCGCUCACCAAAAACUCGGCCCCUCCAAGAUCAAAAGCUCUGAGCUUGCCCUCAUGCGGGAUCUCUUGGGGGUGCCCGUUGAGAUCCAUCAUCCGGAUGCCGUUGGUGGAAUUUCACUUAUCCAAUCUCCAGCACCGGAGCAUUUUAUGGUGAUGCAUUAUGAUUCAGUUCUUCACGUCUUCAGACUUUCCCUCCACCCCUUCAUCCGCGAGAAACCAUCCACCACGCAGAAGCGCAAACAUCUUGACACUUCUGCCCUGUUGCAACUCAAGAAGGAGAAAGGUUCCCCUCUUAAGGAUCAGCGCCGCCGACCACAGUUCUCAAUCUUCGAGCUGCGGUCGUCGCCUCCACUACCGGCGUCUGUCGUCCUCGCCGUCGAGUUGCAGCGCCGCCAAUCGCCUCCAGCCAACCUCGCUCAGUCGCUGCGCAAUCCAACACCACGUCGCCACUCCAGAAUGAGUCAAGAAUCGACCCAUGGUCAGUACGUUCCGGAGCCGGAGCACGUGAGCGUGCACACGGUGAACACCGAGGGUUCGAGUUUCACACCUCCGGGUGACGGAGGGCAGCAACAGAAUCAACCUGAGCCAGCGGGACAGCCGCCAGUUGUACCACCCCCAGUCGUACCACCUCCAGUGAUACCACCGUUGGUGAUGCCGCAGGUGGCCUACGAGCAGAUGUUCCCGGCCAUGAUGGCCCAUUAUAUGCAGCACAUGGCGCAGCUUAUGCCCAUGUUCCAGCCACCGCCACCACCACAGCCGCAGCCGCGCAUCGUUACCUUCAAGACAUUGAAGGAUAAUGGAGCGGAAGGGUUUCGAGGAGACAAGAUGGGGGAGCCCCAGAUUGCGUUGGAUUGGCUUGAGCAGAUGGACCGGGUACUCAAGAAUUUGAGAGUCCCUGAUGCAGAUCACUCGGAGUUGGCGUCACAGAUAUUCCGGAAGGGAGCAUAUGAUUGGUGGAAGCGCAUUGACCAAGAUCCACACACGCCCAAGCCUUGGACCUGGGAUCGCUUUGAUCGAGCUUUCACGAAGGAGUACGUCCCCACCUGGUACCGCGAGGAGAGGCGUGAUGAGUUCGUUGCGCUUAAGCAGGAGGGGAUGUCACUGCCUGAACUGAGACAGAAGUUCGACUACCUGUCCCAGUAUGCGACGAGUCUGGUCUCCACUCCGGAGGAUCGUUUGAAUGAGUUCGUCAAGAAGCUACGGCCGGACUUGAGGCCGUACGCCGCGCUGAUCACGACGACAGAUUUUAAUGCGGUGUACGAUUUGAUUGUGAAGACGGAAAAGAGCUUGGACGAUUUGCAGGCGACCGAGAAGGAGGAUCGAGCGACGAAAGACCCGCGACCCGCGGCCAGCACCGGGCCGAGCGGGAAGAGUUUUGGAUUCGGGGGAAAGAGGUACGAGAAGGGAUCUUCGAGUGCGCCGCCUCCUAAGAGGAGGCAUUUCAGGAGGCAUUGCCCGACAACCCCUAGCAGCGAGCCUGUUUUUCCUAGAGCUCCGGAUCAGCCUGCCGCAUCGCAUCCAACACGGAGUCAGCAGUCUACAGCCAGAAAUAAUCAGCAAAGACCACGUCCGCAGCAGACAGGCCGUGCACCAGCGCGUACCUACGCCAUGCAGGGGCGCACAGAUCCUAAUCCCGAUGUUAUCUUGGGUACGUUCAUACUAUUUGAUUCGGUUAUGCAUGCCUUGAUCGAUCCGGGUUCCACGCUCUCCUAUAUCUGUGUUGGCAUGCCUGCUAAUUCUGCGAUCGUGAGGAGUGACCUUGAGAUACCUACAGUUGUAUCGAAUCCGCUAGGACAUAGCAUGCGUCUUCAUCACAUUUAUCAUAGGUGUCCGUUGUCCGUGCAAGGGAAGCAAUUCCCCGCAGAUUUGAUAGAGCUACCACACAAGGAGUUUGACAUUAUCCUUGGUAUGGAUUGGCUCACCGAGCAUAGAGCAGUGGUCGACUGCAGUAGUCGGACCGUAUGGCUGAGAGCCGACGACGGUAGCGACGUGUCACUCUCCGGGGAGGUGUUCCCCAAGGCUCCCGAGUUUAUAUCGUCCAUGAGCACGAGACGCUUGAUUCGCAAGAAGUGCGAGAUGUUCCUGUGUCACGUUCAGGAUAUGCGAAAAGAAUCACCACGUCAGCAGGACAUCCCUACAGUUUGCGACUUCCCCGACGUCUUUCCCGAAGACUUUCCUGGUUUGCCUCCGCCGAGAGAGUGGCACACCGGUCCGCUGUCUCACGGGUUUGGGUUACGCGGGUUGGGGUGUUACAGUAGCUCUAUCUCCCGAACACAGUUCGCUGUUAUACCCCUGGCGGAGGCGGCAUAUAACAUCUUGAGAGAGGAAAGGGGUUUGAUUCCGCAUCACUCCCUUCAGGAUCCAAGCUAUAAAAAAGGCGGAUUUUCAAGGUCAAAAGCUCCUCCUGUUGUGGAAUCCAACCAAGCCGGGAGCUCCUCCGGGUGCCAGGCCCAAGGCAACACCACUGCCCAUGAUGUUUGCAAACCGCCUGCUGCCUUGGACGUCAUUCCCAUCUCCGCCAUUCCUGGGCUAAGUAAACCCACGCCGUCCCGGAAACGACCACGGGAAAGGGUCACUGACGAUGAUUUCCUUCCCAAGAAGAAUAAAAGUGAGGGUACUCCUGCUUCGCUCAGCCCCUUGACCACAUCUUCUGGUACCCAGAGUACCGCCCCUGCUGCCGCAUCCGGAGGUUUGGAGUUACCCAACCCGGAUAGCUUAGAUCGUGAGUGGGAUGAACUUCCAGACCAGUCAGCACUCAAAAGACCUGCAGUGCAGCCUCAGCCUGAGGUGAUCAAUACCUCUCCACUAAGCACAACCAUUUCCCAAGGGGUAGAGGGAGAAGCUGACACGCAGAAAGAGCCGGAGACUUCUCCUGCGAGAGAGAAGGAGAUUGAAGUGCAGAAAGAAUUGGAUGCCUCCUCUACGAUGGAGAAGGAAGCUGAAGAGCAAAAAUGUGCUAAGGUUCCUCUAGAGACAGAGAGAGAGACUGAGAAACAACAGGAGCUGGGAGAACAGCAUUCCACUGUCACACCCCCAGCCUUCAAUCUCCCCAUCCGGCGCAAGUUCACGCCGCAAACCUACCCUGCAUUUAGGGAGGGUUGGGCAGGCUUUUCCCGCGAUUUGAACUCCUUACAGACCUCCCACUGGACUAUCCAGGCAAAUCUAGAGAAGAUGAGGGAAUCAGUGCAUUAUCUCUUCCUUGACUUCCCUUCCCCUUCCAAGGCCCAACAAUCACUCCUAACCCUGACUGAGGAGUACUUGGGUGGAGCAUCAGGGAACUACCGAGCCGUAGUGGUCCUGAAGGAGUUGGCUGUCAGGGCUCUGCAGCAGAAAGUUGACACCCUGGAACAACAAGUCCAGGUCCUCCAAGAAGAGAAUGCCCGACUCAAGGCAAAUGGCUCAAUGGAACUAGCAGCUGAAAGGUCCAGGGUCAAGUCCCUGCAAGAGCAGAUUGCUAUUUACCAAAGGGGGACCCAAGAUCUAGAAACACAGUUUGACAGACUCCAGGCGCAAAUCUCCAUCCUAGAGUCAAAGGUCUCAGCUUUAGAAGACAAGGUAGGGAGUCUAAAGACUGAGUUGGUUGAAAGGGAGUCCCGGAUCUCCAAGCUGGAGAAUUCCCUCCAUGACGCCAAGCAGGAGGGCGCCCAUCUCAACGACCUCGUGAUAAAACACAUAGAGGCGAAACGGCUUAUCCUCGAGAAGUUAGAGAAAGAGAGACAGACUGCCAGCGAGCUCCGGUCAAGGAUGGGUGAACUGGAGAAGACAAUAGCUGCUCAUCAAGGGGAGGUGGCUGCCCUGACCACCCGUGCUGAGGCCCUCUACGAACAAGGGAAGUUUGAUAUGCAACACUGCAUAUCAAACUUGGUUGACUUCAUCUCUUACUAUGGGUUACCUCUUCCUCUUCCUCCCCCAGAUUUUCGUGCCAAACCGGGAUCCUGAUUCCUCACUCCAUUGUUGACUCCUUUCGCUAAUCUAACUGUUCUCCUUUUGGACUUCUUAUUUCCCUUUAGAAACUUAGCAAAAAUUCUUUAUCCGCCUAGGCUUUGGGCUUAACCGCGUGUACAAAGUACUGUUGUGUUUUUUUUAUCACCGCGUUAAGCGACUGGCCCAACUUAAUUACGCCGGGCCCAAUCACCUUAGCCCAGCAAUGAAACGGUACAACCCUA